GGAGUUCUGGUAGAUCACAAGCUUAAUAAUGGCAUGCAAUGCCAAGCUGCAGUUUCUUAAGCCAGCAAAAUCUGCCCUUGUAUUAAAAGAGUCUCUGGUCAUCUCCUGUACUGUGUCCGCAGUCUCUGGUCGUCUCCUGUACUGUGUCCGCAGUCUCUGGUCAUCUCCUGUACUGUGUCCGCAGUCUCUGGUCAUCUCCUGUACUAUGUCCGCAGUCUCUGGUCAUCUCCUGUACUAUGUCCGCAGUCUCUGCUCAUCUCCUGUAGUAUGUCUGCAGUCUCUAGUAAUCUCCUGUACUAUGUCUGCAGUCCGUUGGUUCAAAAUAUUUUUUUUCUUGUUUUUCGCCUCUAAAACCUAG